UCUGGAUUCUUGGCGCUCAGAGAGGAGAUGAGGGAUUUAGUGAGAGGGGAUGCAGGCUUGAGGGGGGCAGGGGUUCAGUGAAAGAGGACAACUGCUCAGUGGGGGAACGAGGGCUUUCUAUGGGGUCCUCCUAUUAAGGGAGGGUGACAGAAGUUCUGUAAAGGGAAUAAGAGCUUGUAGGAGAAGGGCUCAGGUGGAAAAGGGAAGGGCAGUGAGGACUUCGGGGGAAGAGGGUGAAAGGCUGGGGAGCUUGGGGAGACCCAUCAACAGCCCCUCUGCCCCCCACCUCUCUGCUGCUAACAGAGCAGGAUAAAAUACCUAAGGGCAAUGCUGAGGCAAGGGGCUGGAAAAGCACAAGCGAAGGCUGAGCCUCAGGGAGGCGGGGCGCAGCUUCCUCCUCGCAGAGAGGCUGGACCUGAACAAACCCAGCCUUCCACAGCUGUGGAAACAAAGCAAGGGAGAGACAGAAAGAGAAAGGGACCCAGGGAGACAGACACUUGGAGACACUUGGGGUUGAGUUUGAGCAGGAAUCCCUAACCUGUGCCUGGACGAGUCCGAUGUCCUGUGUGGCCCAAGAAGAACUGACCCAGUGUGUGGAGUUCUCACCAUUACUGCAGCCCUGCUGUGGCUCACUAGCUGCUGCCUCCAGGAGCCCCUGAGAAGAUUCGCUUCUUCUCCCCUGCUAAGCUCCAGGUCCUGAAAUUGAAUUAGGGCUGGAGCUCACUGCACCCUAGCAGUCAUGGGACCCAGGAUAGGGCCAGCGAGUGAGGGACCCCAGGUACCAGACAAGGAAACCAAGGCCACCAUGGGCACAGAAAACGCACCUGGAGGCAAAGCCAGCCCAGACCCUCAGGACGUGCAGCCAAGCAUGUUCCACAGCAUCAAGCUGUUCGUACUGUGCCACAGCGUGCUGCAGCUGGCGCAGCUCAUGAUCUCUGGAUACCUCAAGAGCUCCAUUUCCACAGUGGAGAAGCGCUUCGGCCUCUCCAGCCGGACGUCUGGGCUGCUGGCUUCCUUCAACGAGGUGGGGAACACAGCCUUGAUUGUGUUCGUGAGCUAUUUUGGCAGCCGGGUGCACCGGCCCCGAUUGAUUGGCUGUGGGGCCAUCCUUGUGUCCCUGGCGGGCCUGCUCAUGACUCUCCCGCACUUCAUCUCGGAGCCGUACCGCUACGACAGCACCAGCCCCGAGAAUACGCCACAGGACUUCGAGGCUUCCCUGUGCCUGCCCACAGCCUCGGCUUCAGCCCCGGCUCCCUCCAAUGCCAACUGCUCGAGCUCCACAGAAGCCCAGCAUCUGGGUUUGGUGGGGAUCAUGUUCGUGGCACAGACCCUGCUGGGCGUGGGCGGGGUGCCCAUUCAGCCCUUUGGCAUCUCCUACAUCGAUGACUUUGCCCACAACAGCAACUCGCCCCUCUACCUCGGGAUCCUGUUUGCAGUGACCAUGAUGGGGCCAGGCCUGGCCUUUGGGCUGGGCAGCCUCAUGCUGCGACUUUAUGUGGACAUUAACCGGAUGCCGGAAGGUGGUAUCAGCCUGACCAUAAAGGACCCCCGAUGGGUGGGUGCCUGGUGGCUGGGCUUCCUCAUCGCUGCCGGCACAGUGGCCCUGGCUGCCAUCCCCUACUUCUUCUUCCCCAAGGAAAUGCCCAAGGAAAAGCAUGAGCUUCAGUUCCGGCGAAAGGUCUUAGCAGUCACAGACUCACCUGCCAGAAAGGGCAAGGACUCUCCCACUGAGCAGAGGCCUGGGGAGUCCACGAAGAAGCAGGAUGGCCCAGUCCAGAUUGCACCAAACCUGACUGUGAUCCAGUUCAUCAAAGUCUUCCCCAAGGUGCUGCUGCAGACCCUACGCCACCCCACCUUCCUGCUGGUGGUCCUGUCUCAAGUCUGCUUGUCAUCUAUGGCUGCAGGCAUGGGCACCUUCCUGCCUAAGUUCCUGGAGCGCCAGUUUUUUAUCACAGCCUCCUACGCCAACCUGCUCAUCGGCUGCCUCUCCUUCCCUUCGAUCAUCGUGGGCAUUGUGGUGGGUGGUGUCCUGGUCAAGCGCCUCCACCUGGGCCCCGUGGGCUGCAGUGUCCUUUGCCUGCUGGGGAUGCUGCUGUGUCUCUUCUUCAGCCUGCCGCUGUUCUUCAUCGGCUGCCCCAGCCACCAGAUUGCAGGCAUCAUCCACCAGCCCGGUGCCCAGCCUGGGCUGGAGCUGUUUCCAGGCUGCAUGGAGUCCUGCUCCUGCCAAUCGGACGGCUUUAACCCUGUCUGCGACCCCAGUGCUCAUGUGGAAUAUAUCACACCCUGCCACGCAGGCUGCUCAAGCCGGGUGGUCCAGGACGCUCUGGACAAAAGCCAGAGUCCUCCCACCUCUCACUCUCCUGCUGGGCAUCAGCAUCUAAGCCCGAGGCUCCUCCAGGGAGAGACCUGGGCUGCAUCAGCUGGUGCAGAAGAACCUGUUGAUGGUUUUCUACACCAACUGCAGCUGCGUGGCGGGGGGCAACCCUGUGCUGGCGGGAUCCUGCGACUCAACCUGCAGCCACCUGGUGGUGCCCUUCCUGCUCCUGGUCAGCCUGGGCUCGGCCCUGGCCUGUUUGACCCACACACCCUCUUUCCUGCUCAUCCUGAGGAGCAAGGGGAGAAUUUGAUAGGACCAGUGAGUGGAGAAAGAGGAGUGAUGUCUGUGACCAGAAACAUACCGAGGGGAGUGAAGAAAGAAGACAAGGCUUUAGCCGUGGGCAUCCAGUUCAUGUUCCUGAGAAUUUUGGCCUGGAUGCCCAGCCCUGUGAUUCAUGGCAGUGCCAUCGACACCACCUGCGUCCACUGGUCCCUGAGCUGUGGGCAUCGAGCUGUCUGUCGCUACUACAAUAAUGACCUGCUCCGAAACCGGUUCAUUGGCCUCCAGUUCUUCUACAAAACAGGUUCCAUGAUCUGCUUUGCCUUAGUUUUGGCUGUCCUGAGGCAGCAGACCAAGGAGGCAAGGACCAAGAAGAGUAGAUCUGGCCCUGGCCUGGAGCAGCAAUUGCUAGUGUCAGAGCCAGGGAAGAAGUCGGAGGACUCCCAGGUGUGAGCCGUCCUGGGGACCCACCUGGCCAAGAGUGGCAGCCACAGCAGUACCUCCUCUGGGCCCUUUGCCAAAGAUUGGGUGUCAAGAGCCCUAUGUUCCAUUCUGGCUCCUCCACUAAAUUGCUGUGUGACUACGGGUAAGGCAUUGAUCCUCUCUGAGCCUUUGCUUGCUAGUCUGAACGUAAGAGUUGUUUGGGGUUUGCUUGUUGGGCAUCUUUGAAGCAAGAGGGUCUUCCUCUUUAUUCCCCUAGUCAGCCAGGUCCAGGCUUUCUUGGGUGGAAGGACUGCAUACCUUUCCCUGGGGCCUAGGAUAGCGAAAUGGGCUGUAGUAGGCCAGGCUGCCCUCCAUGCUGGGCCCUAGCCCAGGUCUACACUUGCCUGGAUCACCUUCUCUGAGCCUCAGCCUCAGUGGGAAUGGACUCGCCAGCCUUCAGGCUCAUUCAGCUGACCAUCUGUGCGGCUAGCGUACAUUCACGUCUCCUUCCCAACUCCAGCAGCCUUUAAGAAGUGGCCCUUUGGCGCCCCCUGGAGGCAGAGCACUGAGCCGGACUCUGGAUAGACCCCCACAGGGAGGAAGCAGCUGGCCUUAGGUGCAAACACCCAGAUUUGGCAGGGCCUUCAGGGGGCCUGUGGUGGGGCCUCAGAAAACCUUAGCUGAAGCGGGAAGGCUCACUCUCCAACUAAGGAAGUUCUAGUCCUUGCCUUCGAAAAGCCACGGUUAAGGUGUGAGGCCCAGCACCUGUCUUAGGGGCUGUGGGUGGGCAAGUCUGGACCCUGGGGUAGGGAGGGAGAUUCAGGCUCAAACUUGGGUAUUUUCUAAUUUCAGAAAAACACACUCAGUGUGCACUCACUGAUCCCUACACAUUGCCAAGAUUUCAUAUAUGUGACCAGGGGCCACCAAAGUCUCUGCGACUUUUGUGAAUAGGAUCCUAAGUUCUCUGUUUCCUCCUGGGUGCCUGGGUCUGUGUCACCUGGGGCUGCAUGAAUAAUGUCUAGUUCUGUGACACUGUUUUUUCGGGAAUGGCACCUGGUUCUCCAGAUGCCUGGGCUGGCGUCAUGCCCAGGACUGUAGUGCUGGGAGCAGUAAAGCUCAGCUCUUUGUAAUAAGUGAUGCUAUGGCUUGCUUGGAUCUGAUGAUCCAAUCCUUUUCUACAUGUUUUGUUUUAUGGCUAGUCGUAUCUGGCCUGGUUAUUUCCCUGUGGGGAGGAGAGAGUUUGCUGAUCUGCUCCCAGCCCAACCUAUUGUCACUAUACACCCCACCUGGCUGGGACCUGCUGCUUGGGAGCAGCAGACAGGGAGCCACCAGCAGUGUGGCUUCCUGGCCCUGUGCUGGGGGCUGGGGGGAAGCUGGGGUAACAUGCAGCUCUUGCCUUCUGAGAAGCUCUCAGUGCUUGGGCUUUGAGACUUUCCCAAGUGAUAAAAUAAAAAGGGUAAAUUAGUUCCAUUUGUAAAAGGGUUACUCUCAUACUCCUUAUGUACAGAAAUCACAUGAACAGUAAAGGUUCCAUAAUGCAUUAAAAAAUAAAAUAAUAAAAAGGAAAGGUACAUAAGUUCCAAUUCCCUUUUUAUUUUGCUGGUUGGUAUCUGAAAAUGUUUAAAAAAUAUCUGAUCCUGUAUGUAUCAAUGCUAAGAAUUUCAGUCUCCUCCAACAAUAUGAGGCUUUUAGGAUAUUUAUAUUCCUUCUUCCUCUAUGAACACAUAGAGCAUUUUCCCAGGUUUUACAAGGGAAAAAAACAUCUGGAAUUAUAGACACAACUUAUUAUUAAAUUUGUUUUUGCAUAAUAUCUCUUCUAUUACAAAAAUUCUUUCUUUGUAAACUGCAUUAGAGGUUUGCAAUGACCACAUCAUCUCCAUUUACUUAGAUUUAAGUUUUACUGGAUUCAUUGCUCACCAUUAUUGCUUGUAUAUUACAUCUUUUCCUGUCUUUA